AUGUCUCUAUGCUCCCUGGUCUUCUUCCUCUUCUAUUCACCGUACCCCACAAAUAACAAUCCACCACAUCCACCACAUCCCCCGCUCCCGAGACCCAUCGUACAGGAGCACCUACACCUACGGCCAUCGAUCCCGAAAUUCGCAAACCACGGCACUUCGCGGUGCCUCCCAUUCGUUACGGAUGACCUCAUUGAAGAGGCAGUCAAGCGCAACGAAUCAUGCCGGACCUUCGCACCCUUCCCGCGCAGUCGAACCCGCAUAUCGACCGUCAGCGUCACAUAUGGCGAGCGGAAAGAGCAUAUCCAAAAGGCGCUACAGACGCACAUCAUCCACAACAUCAUCCACGGCAACGACAUGCACGUCAUGUGCAACCCCAUCGUCGACGACCUCUGGAACAAACCCGCCUUCAUUCUCAGCGUGCUGCUAGAGCAGAUGCUCCUCCCGCCCGAGGAGCGUUAUGAAUGGCUCUUCUGGGCGGACCGCGACACCAUCAUCCUCGAUCAGUGCCGGCCUACGUCGAGCUUCCUGCCGCCCGAGGGCUCUGACUCUGGCGCUGAUACGCCUAAUCUUGUAGUCACUAGCGACGCCAACGGUCUCAACAACGGCGUCUUCCUCCUCCGAGUGAGCGACUGGGCCAUUGAGCUCUUCGAAGACAUCCUCGCAUUCCGCUUCUAUAACCCGGACGCAGACUUACGUUUCACGGAGCAAUCAGCCAUGGAGAACGUAAUCCGCAUGGACCGCUUCAUCAACAACGUCGCCAUGGUGCCGCAGGAGUGGUUCAACGGGUACCCGAAUUCCGAGUUUGGGCCUGAGAAGUUUAGAGACAGGAAUAAUACAAUGGGGCUCGAAGACUUCCAAGUUAGGCGAGGCGAUUUCAUCGUCCACUUCGCGGGACCAUGGGACAAAGACGAGCCGAUGUUGGAAUGGGAGAGAGUGAUAAGGAAUAUGACAAAUGUUUGGGAGAUGAAUAAGGUGCAGCGUCAUUUGGAUGGGGAUGUGCAGGCGUUCUGGAGGGAAUGGGGAUACUGA